AUGGAGUUAAUAAAAAGGAAGUUAACCGACAGAGAAAUUCUACUUGUCCUUGAUGAUGUGAGUCAUGUUAGCCAACUUGAGAAGUUGGCUCCAAGGCAAGGAUGGUUCAGCAAAGGGAGCAUAAUAGUGAUAACAACAAGGGAUAAGCAUUUGCUAUCAUCAUAUGGUGUAUCUGAUAGUGCUAUAUAUCACAUUGAAUUCUUGAGUGAUAGCGAGUCCCAUGAACUUCUCAUUCAAAAUGCCUUUAAAGAAGGGCAACCUAAUGAAGAUUAUUUGAACCUUGCUAGAACCGUCAUUGAAUAUGCUGGAGGCCUUCCUUUAGCACUCGAAGUGUUAGGUUCAUUUCUUUGCAAAAGAACGAUAGAGGAAUGGGAAGAUGCACUAGCUAAGUUCGAGAAAUGUCUUCCAGAGGACAUUUCCAAGAUACUUGAAGUGAGUCUUCACGGAUUAGAGCUUAAUGAGAAGACUAUAUUCUUGGAUAUUGCUUGCUUUUUCAAUGGGAUGGAUGAAGAUCAUAUCAUACAAAUUUUAGAAACAUUGGAUAAGGAUCUUCACCCAAAAAUUGGAAUAAGGCUUCUUAUUGACAAAUCACUAGUAAUUAAUUAUGAAGGGCAUUUGCGGGUGCAUGAAACUCUGCAAAAUAUGGCUAAACAUGUUGUCUAUCAAGAAUCAUCUGGUGAUGCCAGCAAGCUUUCUAGGAUAUUGUCCUUGGAUGAUGCCAAUCAUGUAUUAGGAGGAAAUAAGGGAACAGAAGCAACCCGGGGAAUAAUGCUAACAUUAGAAAAGUCAUGUGAUGCAUUUUGGGAUCCUGAAGCCUUCUCAAAACUGAGUAAUCUCAAGUUACUUAUCAUUUCAAGUCACUCAUAUGUUUCACAUUGCCAACUGAAUCUUCCGCUUGGACUCAAGUCUCUUUCCAAAGAGUUGAAAAUCAUAGAAUGGGAGGGGUAUCCAUUAUUUUAUUUGCCAAGUCAACCUCAACUCAAUCAACUUGUUGUGCUAAAAAUGCGACAUAGCAAGUUAAAAGAACUAUGGAGAGGAAAACAGUCUCUUCGAAGCUUGAAGUCCAUUAAUCUAUCUCAUUCAGAAUACCUCAUCAAAACCCCAAAUUUUGAUGGAAUUCCUCAUCUUGAAAAGUUGAUUCUUCAAGGGUGUUCUAACUUGGUUGAAAUUCACCAGUCUCUUGGGCAACACAAGAAACUUGUCACUGUUGACUUGAAAGAUUGCAAAGAAGUUAAAACGCUUCCAGAAAAAUUUGAGAUGAAUAGCUUGGAGACUUUUAUUCUAUCAGGUUGUUCAAAAGUUAGAAAACUUCCUGAGUUUGGAAAAGAUAUGGCAUGUCUAUCGAAGCUUGAUUUAGAGAAGACUGCUCUAGCCAAGCUACCUCAAUCACUGGGCAAUUUGAUUGGUCUCGUUGAAUUAAAUUUGACAAACUGCAAAAAGCUGGUCUGUCUUCCAUGUAGUGUUAGUAAGUUGAAAGCUCUCAAAAUUAUCAAACUUUCUAAUGCUCAAAGCUUUCAAGCCUGCCAGAGAAUUUGA